UCCCGUUCCUCACAGUACCCUGAGAGCAAUUGAGGAGGCACAUUUGCAGAGAAAGCUGACGGGAGCGAGACCAACCAACCAACGCUGUGCCACCAAUUCAACAAGUUUGUAACUACUGCGUCAAUCAUCACUCAAAUUCAGUUUCAUUUUUCCAAAUCCAAUUCAACAGCAUCUGUCACCUUCAUAAUCUGGCAGAAUAAUUGAUUUCUGAAAUAAAACUUUGCACUAAAAACUUAGUAAUUGGAUUCUGUAAUUACCUCCCGAUCUACUCCGUUGGCUCUGUCGCUGCUUCACAUUUCGUAAUUAACUUUAUUCCCUGUCUCAGUUUGCAACCUACCAACGAAACGUAUUAACUCAGCAAUGGCGAAAAUAAUGAACCAAUGUUCUGUCCGAAUGAUGAUAACCCUUGUGAUAGCUGCAUUCCUCACAUCACAAGUUCUCGUGACGGUCAGUGCAAGAUAUUUGCCCACGAGAAGCCAAGAUGACCGUUUAGAGAAGUUGCGAGAGCUUCUGCGAGACCUAUUGGAGGGGGACCUUGAAAGGAGACCUGCGACCUCGGGGGUCGACUACGAGAUGAUGGCGCAACAGGGACGUCCUCCAGUUUACAAAAGAUCCACAAACGCCUAUACGGAUUUGGAUGCUGCUGCUGCUGCUGGGAAGGUUGGACCCAACUUUCUCCACCGGAUUGUCCCCAACCUUCGCAAGUCGCUGGACUAGAGAGCGAUGACGACACGUAGUAAAUGACGACAAAAUUCGUGGAGCGAGUGGAGAAUUUUACAAGAUUUCAGAUAUUGUUUUUUUGUGCAUGUGUCCUUCAAAAAAUCCAUGCGUCGUAAAAUAUGAUUCUAAUUGUGUAUCGCAAACCUUGUAGUUUAAUAGAUACAUACAUGUUAUGCAUACGUAACUAAGGAUUGCUGUUUAUAUCGAUUUCAAUGGAGGCAAGUUGACACCCUUUUCAACUUGUCUCACCAAUUCUCAUCAAAUCUGUUAUAGCUUACACCGAGUCUUGGAAUUCUGCUAUUUUCAUUUUCUUCCUUGUCGGACUCCUCAAUAAUUAUUAUAAACAUGAUUAUUUAGAAUUACGUAAUCUUCGUAUAACUUACCAUCUUAUGCACUAAUGUCACUCUUUUAGUACAUGCAUAAAUAAGCGCAAAUAGCGAAAUCUUACUAAUAAUUGUAUUUACUUGUUACUCCUUUACAUUCACACUUCAUUGAUCAAGUCUUACUGGUCUGUCCAAGUAGCGACCAAAUAAUAUUUUGCCUGUCCUUUUCACUGUAACUGAAUAGAAUUGAGAGUAAAAAUAACUAUAAAAGUAAUUGCUUAUAUUAAUGUUCACUUUAAUGAAAAAAAAACUGUUCCAUCUCAUUUAUCAGUUUCUCUGAAAGGCAAACAAUGCACCGUAAGGCUGGAAUGAAUAUUCGCAAAAAAUAACGGUGCUUUAUUUGCUGGUACUCUUACAUGUUUUUCAUUUUGACGUACAACAACAUUGUUUUACCAGGUUGGGAGCCUGUUGUUUGCAUAAAUGUUGGUUGUUGUUGACAGACUAUCGGGAAACUACAGAUAAUUCACAAGCAAAAAACUAGUAGUAGUAAGUAGUAAAUACUAUGAUUAGAUUGUCUCAUUUUGUCACUUCAUUAUGGAUAAAAUAGGCUAAAAAUAACCACACUCACCAGCUAAACUAAACUAUAGCAAGCUGUGUGUUUGAUUAAUUGAUUCGCUGUAAUAACGAUGUAUAUCUAUGUACAUGUAUGUUUAUCUAUAAGUGUACAUUCAACAUUUUAUGUUUGUACUUAUUAUGUAACAGAAAUAUCUUAAUGUUAAAUUGUCACCUAGUUGUUGGUUGUAAUUAUUGAAUUGCACAAUUUUAUGUUAGGCAAUAAACGUGGAUUCAUUCAUGUGAA